AGCUGAGAUUCAAAACAAUGUGAAACUGAAUGCUUUCUCCAUAGUAGCUAAUCCAAAUCCAAGAUCAUAUUGGAGAGAUAUAUGCUUGGACCAUCUUUUUAAAAUUUUAACCAAUGAAUGUCACACUAGAAGUGAGGGUUUAACUUGUGCUAGAAUUCUAUAAGUACCCAGAGACCAGUUUCGAAUCUUUAUAUACUUGGAGACAAGUUAAUUACUCUCUACUUUCCAACACUGCACGUUGUGUAGUGCAUAGUACUAUAAUCAAUGGACAACAUUGAAGAAGAAGUAAGAGAGCCGGUUAGUCCAAGUGGACAAUACUUCAACACAGCACCCUUAUGUUCAUAUGUUUUUGGAUUUUUGGAAUUAGAAAUUCCAAUUGACGACGAUCAAGCUAUGUAUUUGCUUCAACAUGUUUUCUUACCUAUUAAUCCACGCUUCUCCUCUAUAAUGGUGAGAGACAAAGAUGAAAAAAUGAAGUGGAAAAAAGUAGAGGUAAAUCCUGAAGAUCAUCUAAAGGUUCCAAUAUUCCCCAAAAUUGAGUCAACAGAAUUUUAUGACAAAGAUUUUGAUGAUUAUGUUUCAAAAAUAUUAAUAGAAAGGACACCACAAAACAAACCACUUUGGGAAAUUCAUUUGAUAAAGUAUCCAACAAGCAAUGCUGCUUUCACUAUAAUAUUCAAACUUCAUCAUGCACUUGGUGAUGGUUACUCUCUCAUGGGUGCUCUUCUUUCUUGUCUUCAUAGAGCUGAUGACUCUUCUCUUCCUUUGUCUUUUCCUAAUCGCAAAUCAUCGCAAUUGUUAACUCCCAAGAAAGGUUUUUUCAAGUUGUUCCCUUCAACUAUUUUCUCAAUUUUUAAUUCCAUCUUUGAUUUUGGAUGGAGUAUAGCCAAAAGCUCAAUAAUUGAAGAUGACAAAACACCUAUAUGGAAUGGAGAGGAAGGUUCAGAGUUUCUUCCUUGUGCACUUACAAACCUAACAUUCUCUCUUGAUGAAAUCAAAACAAUCAAGUCUAAACUUGGAGUGACAAUAAAUGAUGUGAUUACUGGGGUUAUUUUCUAUGGGAUUAGGCUAUACAUGCAAGAAAUUGACAAUAAGGCAAGAUCAUCAAACUCAACAGGAUUGGUGUUGCUUAGUACUAGGAAUAUUGGAAGUUACCAAUCAGUCCAAGAUAUGAUGAAGGCCGAUUCAAAAUCUCCAUGGGGGAAUCAUAUUUCUUUCUUACAUUUAUCAAUCCCAAAUUUAAGCCAAACCAGCCUAUCAAACCCCCUAGAAUUUAUUUGGAAAGCACAAAAAAUAAUCAAGAGGAAGAGAAAUACUUUCACUGUUUUUCUUAUUGAAUGGGUUUUAGACAUGAUGCUGAAAUUAAGAGGACACGAGGCAGUUGCAAAACAUAUAUAUACCACAUUGAGAAACUCAAGUGUUGUUAUGUCCAAUUUGAUUGGGCCUGUGGAACCUAUGGCUUUGGCAAAUCAUCCUGUAAAAGGCUUGUACUUUAUAAUGUCUGGUGCACCUGAGAGUAUAGACAUUGCAGUUAUGAGCUAUGCAAGAACAUUAAGAAUUACUUUGAAAACACAGAAAGACUUGAUUGAUGAGCAAAAGUUUAAAUUGUGCAUGGUAAGAGCCUUUGAAGCCAUAUCAAAAGCAUCGAUGGAGAUUCCCAACAAAACAAAGAUUAAAUAGACAUUCUAUGUGGAGAAAGAGAGGAGCAAGUGAGAGGAAGUUCAUUAUUUGUCAAUUUAUUAUCAACAUUAAUUAAGUAGAGAACUUAAAUUCUAAUUUAUAAUAUCAAUCGUUGGAUAAUAAUAGAUGUAGUAUAUAUAUGUCUAUACAAUUUGGUUGAAUAAUAAUAUCACUAUUUAUUAAUGAAUUUUUUUGGAAUAUACCUA